ACUGUCCCCUCCGCCGCCGCCGAGUUUCCCUCUAGGACCCUUCUGCUGCUGCGGCGGCCGUGGCGGCUUUCUCCGUCUUUGCAGCCAGCUCUCCUUUCUAUACCUGAGCGCGGCGAGUCAGGUGCAGUAGGACGCGUGCCGCCGUCGCUUGCUGAAGCGAAGCUGAGGACACAAUGUCGGCGAAGUUGCGGUUAGACGAGACGCCGUUCGUGCUGAAGGAGGAUGAGGCCACCUGCCAGCCACACAUUUCGUACUUUCAAUGGCCGGACUACGUCGUCUGCGCCCUGAUGCUGCUCGUCUCGGCCGGCAUCGGCAUUUUCUACGGCAUCCAAGCCAAGAGAAAAAAGGCCAGCGCCGAUGACAUCCUCGUCGGCGGCAGACAAAUGGCCACCUUUCCCAUGUCCAUGUCGCUCCUCGCCAGCUUCAUGUCCGCAGUGACCUUGUUAGGAAACCCAGCCGAAAUGUACAACUACGGCACGCAGUUUGUCAUGAUCGGCUUUGCCUACAUUGUGACCACGCCGAUCACGGCCUACCUUUUCAUGCCCGUCUACCACCGCCUCGAGCUCACCUCUGCUUACGAGUACCUGGAGAUGCGGUUCAACAAAGCAGUGCGUCUUAUUGGAUGCUGCAUAUUUACAUUUCAUAUGAUUACCUACAUGCCAAUCGUAGUGUACGCGCCAGCCUUAGCACUUAAUCAGGUAACCGGUCUUCACACUUAUGCUGCGGUCAGCAUUAUCUUCGUCGUCUGCAUUUUCUACACGUCAAUAGGAGGAAUAAAGGCUGUGAUCUGGACGGACACGUUCCAAGUGCUGAUGAUGUUCGCCGGCAUGAUGGCGGUCGUUUUCAAAGGCACCGCUGACGCUGGUGGUUUUGGCUACGUCUGGCAAAAGGCAGAGGAGACCGGCAGGAAUGAAUUUUUCAAUAUGAAUGUUGAUCCCCGCGAGAGACACACUUUCUGGUCCAUGAUCGUCGGCGGCUCGUUCCUCUGGACCAGCACGUAUGCCGCAAACCAGGCGCAGAUCCAACGCUUCCUGACGGUGCCCACCGAAAAACAGGCUGUGAGGUUUGUUACAUUAAUAGCGAUCUGGAUAAAUUGCGUGGGUUUGGUGACUCUGUUGCUGGUGUGCUGCUGGGGCGGCCUGGUCAUGUACGCCUACUACUUCGACUGCGACCCUUUGACUGCCGGGCAAGUCAAGGCGUCCGAUCAGCUUUUGCCGCUCUUCGUCAUGGACACGAUGGGCAGUUUGCCCGGCAUCCCGGGCCUCUUCACCGCUGGAAUUUUCAGCGGUGCUCUCAGCACCGUGUCGACCGGGCUAUCAGCGCUGGCGGCCAUCACUUUGAAGGACUUCAUGGUGGGCGCGUGCAAAAUGAACCUGUCGGACGAGAGGCAGGCAGGCUUGGCCAAGUGGAUCAGCUUGAUCUACGGCCUCAUCAGCUUUGGCAUCGUCUUCAUCGUCGCGCAAAUCGGCGGUGUUCUCCAGGCGGCUCUCAGCAUUCAUGGGAUUGUCGGCGGUCCGAUUCUUGGGCUGUUCAGUCUCGGCCUUUUGGUUCCCUGGGUAAACUGGAAGGGCGCAUUUACUGGCACGAUAACAGGCUUAGUAUUCGUCGCGUGGAUGGGAUUCGGCGCUCAGGCUGAAGCGGCCAUGGGACAUAUCUCAUUUCCGAAAAAGCCACUUUACACUUUCGGCUGCAACUGCACCGUCGGGCAACCCCCACUACCCCCACCUGAAGGCUACCCCGACGUUUUUCCUCUCUACGCGGUGUCCUACAUGUGGUACUCGCCCAUCGGGUGGUUCGUCACGACUCUGGUGGCCGUCUUGGUCAGCUGGCUGACCAAGUUUAAUGACCCCAGGCAAAUGGACCGCAGGAUGCUCUCACCCGGUCUGACCAAACUUAUGGACAGUCUUCCCCUCGACUGGCAGGAAAAGCUCAACUGGCCGCUGUUGUCGAAAGAAAAGGAGGACAAGGAUAAAAAUGUGAGUGGCAAAAUGAUUUUCUUGUCCUAA